CCACCGCGCCAGCCAGAAGUGCUGGCUUUGCAACCAGCAUCCUUCUCACAGGACACAGGCAGAAGUGGUUGUGGAGACCAGGGCCACAGGUGACCCACAGUGCUCCAGGAUGAGUCUCAGAGGUCGAGUCAGGGGCUUCAUGCCUGCCCUGGGGACUGGUGGCCAGGCCAAAAAAGGGGAAGGGCAGACAGGGAACAGGUGUGGGUGAGCAUGUGGCCUGGCGCUAUAGGAGCUGGCUGGAGGGUCCUUGUCAAUCAGACACAGCUCCAGGUGUGUGCCAUCUCACAAAGGUACGCACCUGGCUGCCGAAUGCCCGCAGGCUGAGGAGCAGAGUGCUUGGUGUGAAUGUGAGAGAAGAGUGGGGUUCGCACACGGGCAGGUCCGGUCAGAUGCAUUCGUUCAUUAGAUGAGCUUUUAUUGAGCACUUUCUCAGUGCCAGGUGCUGCUGCAGGCACUGAGACUAGGCAUGCGUCGCAGGCAAGAACGGGUGCUGUGUGGCACCCCUGCCUAGAGCUCAGUGCACACCCUCCUUUCCUGGGAGGGCCCAGUCACAGACCCCAGAAGACAGGACACUGAGCUGAGUAAGGCUGGCCGCCUCCUCCUCCCCAGAGCAUGGGAAGGAGCCACCCAGGGACACCUGUCUUCCAGGGCUGGCUGGGCAGAAGCCGAUGGGCGGGUGGGCAUGUGAGCCACACAGCACUUAGGGGACGGGGCACUGGUCUUGGGCAUGCCCACACUGUCUGGAAGCAGCCUCCAUCCCUGACCAGGACCAUGGGUAGCUGCGAAGGAGCCAGACCAGGCCAUGUGCACUGGCACGCCCCUGGCAUUCAUGAGGCAGCCAUAGCUCAGCCGCUCACCCAAAGCUGUCUCUGCACUUGCCUCCCUCACCCCGCGGCUUCACUCGGUCGCCUCCAGGAGCUCCUCAAUACUUUUUUGUUCUCUGGAGAAGAAAGGUGAUCUCCCGGCUCCUAGGGUUCUGCCUUCCGCCCCGCGCUGGGCCAGCUUCCAGCGGCCCCCAGCCCGCCACAUCCGGCUCCCCUCCCUCCACGCUCACCAGAGCCAAAUUUCUCCUUGUCAACCCCUCCUCCCUGGGACCCCAGAGCUCCAUCCGUUUCCCGCCCACUGGGCUAAUCCUCUUCCGCCGAGGGAGGGAAGCGGGAGGACGUCCUCCCGGGUCUGGCUGGCUUUGGGGGCGUCGCGGUCAGUGGAGGCCCCGCCGGUCUCCCCAGGCGGAGUCGUGGGGUCGGCUGGGACCCGAGCCCGCAGGGCCCGUGCGCCUCUCUUACCGCGCUCGACCCGGCUCCCUGGGCUCCAGCCGCACCGCGCAAGCCUCCGGCUGGUUCGGGGACCGGGACUCCGCGGCGGGACCCCGCCCCCGGGCCAGGCCGUGGGCUCGCAGCCCCGUUGCCUCGGGUUGCAGCCCGUGAGGCCGUCGCGGGUGUCCCGUCUCCCUGCGCCAGGACGCGCGCUCCCGAGGGCAGGGCCCGCUGUCGCCUCCCAGGGGUCCCUGGCGCCCAGGACAGGCCCCGAGUGACGGUCCGUCCGCACAGGGGGCCGACGGAGCCGACCGUCGCAGGCUGCGGGCAGAAGGCGGGGCAGAGCCGGCCGGGCCGCGGCUCCCCCGGAACCCGCGGGAGGGGCCCGGGGCCGGGGCGGAGCGGAACGCGCGACGGACCGGCCGCUUCCGGCGUCUCGCCGCGACCCCCAGGAGGCGGGGCCGGGGCGUGAGGGUCCCGGACGCGAGCGGGGAGAGCCCUGGGGGGGACGACCCGACCCGCAGCCAUGGAACAGGACGACCCGGCCGAGGCGCUGACCGAACUGCGCGCCCGGCGGCCGGGCCCGCUGGAGCUGCUGCAGCUGGCGGCGGGCUCGGGCCUGGCGGCCUACGCGGUGUGGGCGCUGGUCCUGCAGCCCGGCUUCCGCCGCGUGCCGCUGCGGCUGCAGGUGCCCUACGUUGGCGCGAGCGCGCGGCAGGUGGAGCACGUGUUGUCGCUGCUGCGAGGCCGCCCUGGGAAAAUGGUGGAUCUGGGCUCCGGCGACGGCAGGAUCGUGCUGGCAGCCCACAGGUGUGGUCUCCGCCCGGCUGUGGGCUAUGAGCUAAACCCGUGGCUGGUGGCGCUGGCGCGGCUGCACGCCUGGAGGGCCGGCUGUGCCGGCAGUGUCUGCUACCGCCGGGAGGACCUCUGGAAGGUGAGCCUGAAGGACUGCCACAACGUGUCUGUGUUCCUGGCCCCCAGCGUGCUCGCACUGCUGGAGGACAAGCUGCAGGCAGAGCUGCCCCCAGGCGCCCGGGUGGUAUCUGGACGCUUCCCCCUCCCCACCUGGCAGCCUGUGGCUGUGGUGGGUGAGGGCCUGGACCGCGUCUGGGCCUAUGAUGUCCAUGGCGGUGGGCUGGCUGGGAAGGCUGUCUCCUCUGGGGGGGUGCCCAUCAAGGCUGCCCCAGUACCCAGUUCCACCUCGGUCCCUGGGGCCCCCGUUUCUCAGGCUGGCUAACUCUUCAGAUGCAAUAAAGACUCAGUGGAUUCCA